ACAAUACAAAAGAAUUAUUUAUUUUUUAAAUAUGAUAUUAUUAAUUUAAAAUUCGUUUUUAAUUAUAUAAUAUAUAUUUAUAAAUUCAUUAAGAUAACAACACAAUAAUUAUCUUAUUUGUUUUUAAAAAUGAUAUUAUAUGUAUUGAUUUAUUUUAAUUAUAUAGUAAAAAUAUAAAAAUAUUUAUUAAGGGUAACAAUGACAUUAACCGGUCUAACUUUUAACGUGAGAGCUCCGUUGCAAAAAAUCAUUUUGCAAAUAAUAUUAUAGAUCAUAAGGUUAAAACAAUCGGAUUAUAAUAUACACCCAAAUCUAAUUCUACUUUAGAAUUUUUCAGUGCAUUUUUUUUUCUGUUUAUGUAUUUUCAUCUCUGUUGCAACUCAUAUUCUUAAUUGUUUCUAUAGUAUUUAUUUCUUAAAUUUUAGAAUUAAGAUUUUUGUCUAAAUCUAAUAAUCUAACUGGAUAUACAUCUAGUUGGAUAAGUACAUGCGUCCCCUAUAUGUAUAAACUUUUAGAAUUAAGAUUUUUGUCUAAAUCUGGAUAUACAUCUAGUUGGAUAAGUACAUGCGUCCCCUAUAUGUAUAAACUUGUUGAGUGUAUUUUAGGUAUAAAAUCUGCGAAUUUCAGAACAAAAUAUAUGAUUGUAAGUAUAUAAAUGUGUCAUAAAUAGAUACAGACACAAUACCUUACAUUCAAUCAUUUGACCAUCAUCUUUUUUGUUUGUUUUUUUAGCAAAAAAAUCGUUUUCUUUUGUUAAUGAAAUCAUCGUAUCUUCGUCACAGAAUGGAAAUCAUAGUACGUGUUGUGUUCGUGUUGACGUUACUCAAUUUUGGAUUUGUAAAUAGUCAAAUUUAUGAUGUCCUUAAAUUUGGUGCCGAGGGAGAUGGUACAACCGAUGAUUCAAAGGCUUUUGUAGCAGCAUGGAAAGCUAUGUGCAGUAGUGGUGGGAGUAAUAAAACACUCCUUAUACCUUCAGAUAAUACCUUUUUACUACAACCUCUAGUGUUUCAAGGUCCUUGUAACUCUCCAUCUGUACAAGUUCAGUUGGACGGAAAGAUUGUCGCCCCUCUUAACAAAGCAGCAUGGUCAGGCUUGAAGUCAUACGAAUGGGUCAGUUUUCAUAAAAUCAUCGGCCUAACGGUCCUUGGUUCAGGAACAAUCAAUGGACGUGGUUCAUCUUUCUGGGAGGCCAAUAUGCCAGCAUCUAAACGCCCUACUCAAUUGCAUUUUAAAGGAUGCAAUAAUCUUGAAAUAAAUGGAAUAACCUCAUUCGAUAGCCCGAGAAAUCAUAUCUCAAUCCGCGAUUGCAGACAAGUGAAAAUCACGCAGAUAAAACUUAUUGCGCCUGGUGAUAGUCCUAACACCGAUGGAAUUGAUAUUUCAACAUCAACUAAUGUAGAAAUAUAUGAUACUAUAGUUGGAACUGGAGAUGAUUGUGUAGCUUUAAACAGUGGAAGUAUAAAUAUCAACAUCACAAGGAUGCAAUGUGGUCCUGGACAUGGAAUAAGUGUGGGAAGUUUAGGAAGAGAUGGAGAAGAAUCUAUAGUUGAGAACGUCCAAGUGACUAACUGUACUUUCAGUGAGACGACCAAUGGAGCGAGAAUUAAGACAUGGCCGAAUGGAAAAGGAUAUGCAAGGAAUAUAGUUUUCAAGGAUAUCACGCUCACUGAAACCAAAAAUCCAAUUAUAAUCGAUCAACACUAUAUGGACAAGGGACAUAUCCACGUAGAGGAAUCAUCAGCAGUGGCGAUAAGCAACGUGAUAUUCACAGAUAUUCAUGGAACGUCACAAAAAGAUGAGAUUAUAAAGAUAGAUUGCAGCGGAGUCACAUCUUGCAAAGAUAUUGUUCUAGAUAGAAUUGAUAUUACUACGGUCGAUGGAAAUAAGCCAAUAAUUGAAUGCAGUAACGCGUAUGGAAAGUCGACGAAUACUUAUGAUGGUUGCUUGAAGACAAAGUAAUAUAUCUUUAUAUAUCAAAUUAAAUUAAUUUAUAAAUUGAGAAUAAUAUAUCAGAUGAAUGUAAUAGUAUAUUAUCAUUUAUCAACUAUUAUGUAUUCAUGAUUGAAUAAUUUUUUUGUGUGGAAAUAACUCACAAACAUGACCGUGAGAAUUUGUUUUCUUAGUUAAAAAAGAACACAUCAGUUCUCCAGAGGUUUACUAAUGAUGGGAUUAAAUGGUUCUAUCUUUUAAUAAAUUAAAAAUUUCAAAAAUUUCAUAAAAUAUUUUCUAAAGUUCUAUAUAAAAUAAGUAAUAAUCAUGACACUGAAGAAAAGAAGAAAAUUAUAAAUAAUAAUAUAUUCAAAUUUAAAAUUAAAAGUUCAUUAUAUUUAUUUACAUAUUUAUAUUAAGAUUAUAUUUUAUAAACACUUUCUAUUCUUAAAUGUUCACAUAUACUGGGAACUUAUAUGAAAAAUCAAAUGAUGACUUUUUCCUUUUGUUGGUCUAAAAUCUAACUGUUAAUUUUAAAAAUAAAAUGGACAUAUAAAAAAAAACAAUAAUAACCAUUUAAUUUUACUAAAAAUUUAUUUUAUAUAAUUCUAAAUUCAUAAAUUUUCAAAUCAUCGACAGUAAAAUUAAUGCACUUGAAAUGUGACUCAGAUAUAAAUGUAAGUAUUUUGAAUAAAUUAAUGUAGGACCAUUUUAAAAAAUAUUUUGAAACUUUUAUAAAUGAAGUAGUUAAUGACUGUAGGGAAAAUUGGCCCAAUAACCAAAACAAUUAUAGAGAAAUUUGCUAAAAACAACAUAUUUAUUGAUUUUAACAAGUAAAAGUAGGCAAUCAAAAGGGGUGGCCGAGUAUUUAAUCAAAUGCAAAACUAAUCUAAAGGGGUGGUAAAGUAUUAUUAAACCCUUAUGACCAAAAAAAAAAAACUAAAACGUAAUUUUACGAUUAUGUCUUUCGUAAGUCUACACGUAACAAAAAGUCUACAUAUAUAUAUACCUCCUAAGAAGUUUACUAUCUAGACUUAUUUUGUAGUCUACAUCAUAAUUUAAUCUAAUAAUUUAAUUUAAAAAAUGUAUUAUAAUUUCUGUUAAAUUUUUAGUUAAUCAUCAAUAUAAGGGUUAAUAUGAAGUUUAGAAAUUAAAAUUAUUUUGUAGUCUACAUCAUAAUUUAAUCUAAUAAUUUAAUUUAACAUAAUUUGCCAAAAAAAACAUAUUUAUUGGUUUUAACCAGUAAAAGUAGCCUGAAUAUUCAAUCAAAUGCAAAACUAAUCUAAAAGGGUGGUAAAAGUAUUAUUUAACCCUUAUGACCAAAAAACCAAAACAAUAAUUUACGAUUAUGUCAUUCGUAAGUCUACACAUAACAAAAAAAAGUCUACAUAUAUAUAAACCUCCUAAUAAGUCUGCUAUUUAGACUUAUUUUGUAGUUUACAUAGUAAUUUGAUCUAAUAAUUUAAUUUAAAAAUGUAUAUAAUAAUUUCUAUUAAAAUUUUAAUUAAUCAUCAAUAUAAGGGUUAAUAUAAAGUUUAGAAAUUAUAAAUAUUUUGUAGUCUAUAUCAUAAUUUGAUCUAAUAAUUUAAUUUAAAAAUGUAUAAAAUAGUUUUUGUGAAAUUUUUAAUUAAUCAUCAAUAUAAGGGUUAAUAUGAAGUAUAUAAAUUAAAAUUUAAUAUAAUUGAAAAAUUUAGAAGAAUAUAUAUUGAUUUGGUAACCAAAUGUUAUACAAUGUUUAUGGUUCAACAACAAAAGGUUCUAACAUGUUAUGUCUUUAAUGGUUAGAUUCUAAGGGUUAGAUUUUAGAUUGAGAUUUUUUUUGUUUUACAAUGUUUAAAUUUGCAUAUACAAUGUUUAAAUUUGCAUAUUAGUAUUGAGUAGUUUAUAUUUUGUAUAUUUUGAUAUUUAAUACAAUUGAGACUUUUUUAUCAUCAAGCAAACAUUUAGGGUUUGAGUUUUGCAUAAUUUGAUCUAAUAAUUUUAAUUUAACAUAAUAUAAUAUAAGGAUUGAAAAUAUUUAAAUUUGACAUAUCUUUGUUUAGUUUUUUUAUAUAUUAAACACUUUAUAAGUUAAUUUUAUGUCUAAUGAAAUGUUUGUUUCUAUUUAGUUAGUUAUUUGAUUGAUGAACAUCUAAUCCUAUUGCAACGAUUUUAGGGUUUAGAAGACUUCUUGGAAAGUCUUCAUGGACGAAUAGUAAAUUUAGAGUUUAAAAGACUUCUUAGGAAGUUUUCAAGUGCAUUUUAUGUUAGAAAACUUACCAGAAAUUUUUCCGAACAAAAAAUAUAUAAUCUAAUUGAAUUUUUUUUGUUUUCUUAUAUAAAAAAAAAUUAACACAUUCUCCUUCUUUCUCAAAUGGAUGCAGAAAAAAUGUAAUGUUUAGCACUCUAAAAUUCUCCAACUUCUCUAUAAUCUCUUUAAACUAAAACACCAAACUUUAUAUCAAUUUUUCAUCUUUGUAUCUCAUGUUUUUCUUACUAUUUAUCUUGUUUUUGCAAACUUUUCAUUUCAUGGUUUUCAUUUUCCACUCUUUGAAAGGUAGGCCUAUAAAUUAAGGAUAUAUAUUUUUGUGUGUUUUAUAUAUUUGAUUUGAAAAAGCAAAAGAUUCAACCUAAUGUGAUUUUUUAUUUACUUUUAAGCAUGAAAAUUUAUUUUUAAAUUUUUUUCUCUGGUUUGAAGUCAUUUAACGUUUUUGGAUAUUCAGAUUUUUAAGAUCAGAGGAUAAUAUCGGACUUCAGACUUCCUUACUAGACUCUAUAGAAGUCUAGUAGAGAAGUGUGCUAUGCAAACUGCCAAAAUUGUUAAGAUUUUUUCUUCACCAAUUUGUUUUUUUGUGUGCUAAUUCUAAACAAAGUUAUAGAUUCAACUUAACGUGAUUAUUUUAUUAUUAUUUAGCAUAAAUUUUAUUUUUCAUGGUUUGUCUUUCUUUCUAAAAAUAAAGAUAUAGAUUAUUAAAUUUUUGAUAUAUUCUUUUCUUGUGAAGGUUAAAACCAAAUAAAAAAUAAAUUCAAAAUCAUUUUGAUUUUCUAUUUUUAUUAUUAUUUCAGUUGCAAAACAUCUAGCUUAAGAUAAUAUAAAGUACAGUUUUGUUUAUAUAUACUAGAUGCAAAUAAAAAUAUAUAUUAAACAUAUUGUAAUUGUUUCUUCUUAUUUAAGCUUAAAAGUUUUAUUUUUGAAAGUUUUCUAACAUUUUUAGAUAUGCAGAUUUUUUUCUCUUUCCAAAACUAUACUAGGUGUUUUCCUGCACCAUAUGCAGUGAUAAUAUUUUUUUAAAUUAAAUUAUAUUUAAAAUGAAAUUUAUUAAUAUUAUGUAUUUUAUUAUUUUUGAGUAAUAUUUAAUAUAAAGUUGAUUAUUUAAGCAUAAAAUUAAGAAAAAAAUAAUUUUGUUUAUUUUAAAUUAUAUUUAAUAAUAUAUAUGUAAUAUAUUUAAAAUUUGAAUCUUAGAUAAAUUUUUUAUCUAUUUAUUUUGGUCAAAUGUAUUAAAUCAACUUGUAUAAAAUUACUAAAAAUCAUAUAGAUUAAGAAUUAUAACUAAACUAUAUUUAUAAAAUUUGUAGAUAUCUAAAACAAACUAAUAAAAUUACUAUUAACAAUUUAUUAAUUUUUUUAAAAAAGAUGUAGAAAAUUUUGAAAAUAUUAGUAACAAAAAUUGUAUAAUUAUAAAAAUAUAAUUAAAUAACGUAUUUCGAAAUUUAUAAUGCAUAUUUCAAUAUAUUUAUUUUAGUGAUGAUUUAUGAAUUAUUACCAUAUUUUAAGAAUUUUAACAAAAAUAUAAACCAACAUUAAAUAUAAAGUAUUAGUUAUUGUCAUAUUCUAUAAAGUUUAUCAAAAAUAUAUAUAGUAAUAAAUGUGAUUGUCUAUGUCAUAUUAACUAUAAGCCAUGUCAUCAAUCUUGAUAGCCAUGUCAUCAUUUUUUUGUAAAAAUGAUUAUAGAAAAGAGAUGUGGCAAAAUUACUUCGCAAAUAUAGUUUAGGGGAUAUCAAACUUCACACGAAUAAAGCGGAAACUUCAACUGGGGCUCGGUUAUUGUCGACUGGGGCUCUCCAAUGGUGUGUAUGUUGGAUGAAGGUUCUGAUGAGUGUGUGUGGCUUGUUGGAUGAGAUCUCGGUGGUCAGGCGAUGAAGAUGUAGGCCUGAAGUGGUGUUGCCCUAGCUCUGGUUCUGUUCCCGGUGUUUUUCCGGACAUGCCCCGUGGAGUUACGGUGGCGAUUUGCACGCUGGUGAAGACGGUGGCGAUUUGCAGGUAGGUGAAGAUGGUGGUGUUGUUUCCAAGCACAUGUCCCAUCUCUCUCGUGUGAUUGACACGUCAAUUCGUAGUCACUGAGUUAUCUUUAGACUUGGGUUUGAUUUGGGCUGGUAUUGAGCCUUAGUAGUGUUGUUGUAGGCCUUGUUUGUUUGGGUCUUGUUGUCCAUUUGUUUUGGGCUUUUCUUUUGUAAUAAACUUUGUUUAAUAUAAAAUACUAGUUGGCAAAAAAAAAAAACACUUGUUUCAUAUAAUGUUAUAAACACAUAAAUAGUUUACAAAAGUCCCUAUCAUGAUAAGUUAAAAAAAAAAAGUAAAUAAACGUGAGGAAAGGUCCUAUCAUGACAAGUUGACAACCACAAACAUUUUUGUAUUACUUACUAUUAAUACAAAACACCCACGCGUUUACACUCUACUGGACAAUCAGUUUUAGUCAAAGUAUUGUAUAGUCUUCUAUUAUUAUUUAACUAUGAUAAGAUAUACGCCUUGCGCAAAGUUAGUUUAUUUGUAUAUAUAAUCAAUAAUUUUUUAAUAUAUUUGAUCAUUUUAUUUAUAUAUAUACAACUUUUUUAUUGUUAUUAUAUAAAUUCUUUCCGAUAGACCGGAUCAAUUUUUAUUAAAAAUUAUGGAACUGAACUAUAAUUAAUAUAUCAUGGGUUGAUCGGAUUGGACAUUAACCAAAUUAUGACACAAAAAUCUUUUUUUUUCGCUGAACACAUUCUUGAAAAAUAUAAACAGUAUUGUUUCCACAGUUGAAUUAUUUUGACUUUUAUCUUCCAUAUGAUUUUGAAAGGUUUCCAGUUAACCAUCGAAUUGAUACAUGUCAUUUUAAUAUUUUUAGUCGUAUACUUAAGAAAAACUUACAUUUUUGUAAUUUAAAGUCGUUUUAAAAAAAUCAAAUAUAACAUAUAAAAAUAUAACAUA